AUGGAUAUUUCUUCGAAAUUUUCUGCACAAGCCGCUUCUAACGACGAUCUUGACAGCACAAUUUUAAACAUCAAUAAAGCUGCCGUUGACGCUUUACGAAAUGAUGAAUUUUCACUUGCUGUUUCUUUACUAAAUAGAGCAAACCACCUAUUGAAGCAGCUGAGUAGCAAUUUUUCUGUUCUAAGACUUAAAGGAAUCACAUUAAAUAACUUAGGAUGCCUAUACAAGCAGAAAAACCAAUUUUCAAAGUCCUUACUCCCCCUUCGUGAGUGAACAAAAAAAUUUGUUAACUCACGAUGGAGUUAAUUAUUUUUUUUAAUAUAAAUUUUAUAGAAAAUAUUUUUUUUCGAAAUUUAAAAAAAUCCUAAUUCGCAAAAAUUGAUCACUUAUAUAUCAAAAAUGUUCUCGAUAAAAAAUUUUUCUAUUAAAAAAAUUUUUGUUCACUCACGGAGGGUGGGUUUUUGGGCAAAAAAUAGGGAUUUUUCUUAUGGUUUUGUUCACUCACGGAGCGGGGGGAGUUAGAUUAUUUAUUCGAAGCCUUAGAAUAUGAGCGCAAACUGCCACAUUAUAUUAAUUUAGCUGGAACUUAUCUUAAUAUUUGCUCAUUAUUUUCUGUUAUGGGGAAUCAUAAACAGUCAUUAGAAAAUGCGGUAAAUGCUAUAAAAACUAUUGAGCAGCAUAAUGAUUUGUCGAAUGAAUGAGUUAAAUCUUGAGUUGUGGCUUAUCAGAAUGCUGCUGAUUCAGCUAGAAAAUUAGGGGAUUAUAAUGAAGCAGAAUUUUAUAUGAAAAAAGGAUAUGAAAUCGCUUUGAAAAAAUUAGGGAAAAAUCAUGAAAUUACUAAAAAUUUUAUUGUGAAAAAGCAAGAGCCAAGUGAAAGUUCAUUGACUUUGGAAAGUUAUAUGAAUUCGAGCACUGAUGAAAUUAUUAAGGAAAAGAACUUUCAGUCUUUUUUGCCUGAUUUGAGACUAAAACAAAGAAAUUUGUUGCUAAAUUCUCCUGGGGAGAUUUUACUUGAUACAACACCUUGGCAGGACGGUAGUCAUGCAAUUGGACCCUGGACAAAUUUGACAGGAAAAACUGGCUUCCCACUCCGUGACCGAAAAAAAUUUUUUUGUUUACUGAUAGAGGGGAUUAAUUUUUUUAUUAAAAAUACCCAUUUCGAAAUAAUUUUAAUGCAAAAAUUAAUUUAAUUUUUUUAAAUGCAAGCUAUUUAAAAUCAAACAGAAUUAGCUAGAGAUUUCAUUAUAAUAAUUAUCAUUUAUAUAUCAAAAUAUUUUUUCAUCAAAAUUUUUUUGUUCACUCACAGAGGGUGGGGUUUUUGGGCAAAAAAUCGGGAUUUUCCCAAUGGUUUGUUCGCUCACGGAGGGAAAAGUGAGGAAAAAAUAAAUAAUUUUGAGCAAACUAAUGAAAAUUCAUGAUUUAGCAAAAAAAAAUCAAAAACAUCAUUAUCACCGACCUCAUUAUUACGUAAGAACACGAGUAAAAAUAUUGAUAGAGUUAAUAAAGAUAAGCCAAGACAUAAAAAGCAAAACAGUGAAGUGCCAUUUGAAAAUCCUAUAUCACUCGACCAAAAAAACACACAAAAAAUUCAAAAUAUCGGUAGAAAAAAGCCUAAAUUAUCGAUAGAAUUUUUUAAGCUACCAGCAACUCCAAUUUCCCAUAGCAAUGGGAACUCUACCAAAAGAUCAAUACAUUUGGACCCUAUAAAUCCAAUAAUAAAUCAACCAAAAUCAGUAAAACACAAUUUUCCCAUAAAAAACAAAUUUAUAAAACAGACUUCACCUAUAACUAAAACGAUUCAUGAAAAGCUGGAUUCUAUAGGGAAUAAACUAUCAACUAUCAAAAAAAGACUAAAUAAAUUCGAAAAUGUAUAUAAAAACCCUUUAAAAAAUGUACCAGAAGAAAACAGUGUAAAAUGCAGCUCUGAAGCUAAAUCUGCAGAUUUAUCAAGAAAAACAUUAAAUUGUAUAGUAAUUCAAACUUUUAUAAGAAGGUGACUUUGCAGGAAGAAAUUCUUGAAAAUGAAAAAUGCAGCUAGAGUAAUUCAAAGGUGAUUUAGACGGAGUUUCAAUAAAAGGUUAAGAUUAUGUCUCGAGAGCCACUGGGGUUAUUUCAGCCCCUACACUUCACGAGUUAGCUUCACUCUCAGGUGGUGCUAGACACUAACUCUAACUAACACCCUUUUUCCGUCUGCAUCACCAAAAAAUGGUGACGCCAGACAGUCUGUCGGGGAGACUCACCCGUUCAGGUCUUGAUUCUUGGCCAACGAUUAAGGGCUGUCUACUGUCAGCAGAGCUUGACGUUUUGCUGAAUCGCCCAAAAUCUCCUUCUUAGCUUACCUCAGCCCCUAUAGCAGACUAAAAAAUUGCCGCAAGAAGAAGGUAGGCUGCUAAGCCUCGGUCUGUCGUCUAUGGGCUGAGCAAAAAGGUUUAGCACCAUGAGAAAAAUCGCCAAUAGGAUUACCUUCCUCAGGCCUGGAUAAAUUCACAGAAUACCGAUGACUAAACUCGCUUUCCAAUUUAAUAAUUCUUUAAUAAAAGAAGGAAAGAAAAAUAUAAUUUAAAAGAUUUUAGCCAACAAUUUUCCCCUAAACACCAAGAAAAAUCAUCAGAUUUAUUUGCGAAAACUAAAACAUUAUUUGGAACUUUAACUUACAUUCAAGCAAGAAUUCGGGGAUUUUUAGCAAGAAAAAGAUAUCAAAGAACGAAGGCAGCAAUUAUUAAAAUACAAAAAAACAUUAAAAUGUUCAGCGUAAGGAGUCUUUAUAAAAUUAUCUUACUCUUUAAUAUCAAUAAUAUUUUUUUAAAUGUAAAAUCUGCAGUAAUAAAAAUUCAAAUUUUAUUUAAAAAGGAAAAUGUUAUCAUAGAUUUAGAUGCUAUUAUGUUUAUACAAGCAAAUAUCCGAGGACAUUUGGUACGAAAAGUGCUCAAAUUAAAACAUUAA